AGGGUUUAAAGAACUUUAAAACAAUUGACUGAGAGACUUCGCGUCAACUGAUUGACUUGUCAAAUGAUUAAAUGAACUAGUAUGGACAAGGAGACACAAUCACCACCACAAACACAAACUUCUAUCCCAUCUCCGUUUCAGCUCUUUCCUGAAGAACAUGGCCGAAUCUUUUGUCUUUGAUAUUGCUGAAUCACUGCUGGGGAAACUUGCUUCUUAUGCUUAUGAAGAGGCUUCUCGAGCCUACGGUGUGUAUGAGGAUCUGAAGGGGAUCAAAGACACAUUGUCAAUUGUGAAAGGGGUGCUGUUGGAUGCUGAGGAGAAGAAGGAGCACAAGCAUGGGUUGCGCGAAUGGCUCAGGCAGAUUCAAAAUGUUUGCUUCGAUGCUGAAGAUGUGUUGGAUGAAUUUGAGUGCCAAGGCUCGCAAAAGCAAGUUGUUAAAGCUUCAGGCAGCGUCAGGGUGAAGGUAGGCCACUUCUUUUCUUCAUCUAAUUCGCUUGUUUUCCGUCUUAGGAUGGCUCAUCAAAUUAAAGAUGUUAGGGAAAGAUUAGAUAAGAUAGCAGCAGAUGGGAAUAAGUUUGGUCUUGAGAAGAUUGAGGUUGACCUCAGGCUUGUGCAAAGGAGAGAAAUGACUUAUUCCCAUGUGGAUGCUUCAGAUGUGAUUGGAAGGGAGACUGAUAAGGAAGAAAUUAUCAAGCUCUUGAUGCAACCCCACCCUGAUGGUGAUGGGUAUGGUGAUAGAAGUCUGUGUGUUAUUCCCAUAGUGGGUAUUGGAGGGUUGGGGAAGACCACACUUGCAAAGUUGGUGUUCAAUGAUAAGAGGAUGGAUGAACUUUUCCAAUUGAAGAUGUGGGUUUGUAUCUCUGAUGAAUUUGACAUUAGGCAGAUUAUUAUUAAAAUCAUCAAUUCUGCUUCAGCUUCAGCUCCAAAUAUUGCUCUUGCUUACCAAGAAAACAUCAACAGCUUAGAUAUUGAGCAGCUUCAAACUCGUCUUAGACACAAGCUUUCUCUUCAGAAAUUUUUACUGGUCUUGGAUGAUAUAUGGAAUGAUGAUUAUACAAAAUGGAUUGACUUGAAAAAUUUAAUAAAAGUUGGUGCAGUGGGAAGCAAAAUCAUAGUGACAACGCGAAGUAACUCCAUUGCUUCAAUGAUGGGCACUAUUCCCUCUUAUGUUUUAGAGGGCCUUUCUCCAGAGAAUUGUAUAUCGCUGUUUGUGAGAUGGGCAUUUAAGGAAGGUCAAGAGAAGGAAUAUCCAAAUCUAAUGGAGAUCGGAAAGGAAAUUGUGAAAAAAUGCAAAGGGGUUCCUUUGGCAGUGAGAAGCUUGGGAAGUUCUCUGUUCUCAACUUCUGAUUUAGAUAAGUGGGAAUUUGUGAGAGACCAUGAGAUAUGGAAUUUAGAACAAAAGAGAAAUGACAUUUUACCAGCACUUAAGUUGAGCUAUGAUCAAAUGCCAUCCCAUUUGAGGCACUGUUUUGCUUAUUUUGCCCUUUUUCCCAAAGAUUUUCGCUUUAUAAAUACUGAAAUUACCAAUCUUUGGGCGUCACUUGGACUACUACAAUCCCCAAAUGGAAGUCAAAAGGUAGAGAAAAUUGCAAGACAAUAUAUAGAAGAGUUGCAUUCAAGAUCAUUUCUCCAGGAUAUCACAGAUUUUGGCCCCUUCUAUUUUUUCAACGUACACGAUUUGGUGCAUGAUCUUGCCCUGUAUGUUGCGAAGGAGGAGUAUCUGAUGGUAGAUGCUUGUACACGGAAUAUACCUGAGCAUGUAAGGCACAUAUCAAUUGUUGAAAAUGGUUUACCUGACCAUGCCGUGUUCCCCAAAUCCAGAAGUCUGAGAACAAUUACUUUUCCCAUUGAAGGAGUGGGUCUUGCCAGUGAAAUUAUUUUGAAGACAUGGGUAUCAAGAUACAGAUACUUACGGGUCUUAGAUUUAAGUGAUUCUUCUUUUGAGACUCUUCCUAAUUCAAUUGCUAAAUUGGGGCAUUUGCGAGUUCUCGACCUUUCCAAUAAUGGCAAAAUCAAAAGACUUCCUAAUUCUAUUUGCAAACUCCAGAAUUUGCAAGUUUUUUCAGUCAGUGGAUGCAUGGAGCUUAAAGCAUUGCCUAAAGGAAUCGGGAUGUUGAUUAACCUUCGAGAGCUGAAAAUAACCACAAAGCAAUCUUCUCUGUCACAGGAUGAAUUUGCAAACUUGAGCAAUCUUCAAACCUUGAGUUUUGAAUAUUGUGUCAAUUUGAAAUUUUUGUUGGAAAAGGCACAACUCACUCAACUCAGUUCCCUUCAAAUAUUGGUUGUUAGAUCAUGUGGGAGCCUAAUGUCCUUACCCCUUUAUAUUCUCCCUAAACUAGACGCUCUGUUUGUUGCAGACUGUGGGAUGAUAAAUUUGUUUUUGGGUGAUGAAAGCCCAAUCAAAAGAUGGAGGAUGAAAUUUCUGCAUGUAGAGAAUUUUCCGUGGCUACAAGUACUUCCUGAAUGGAUCGAAGGAGCUGCGGAUACUUUACAGACAUUGAUGAUUUAUAAUUUGCCUAAACUUAAGUUUCUUCCUGAGUGUUUACCUAGAAUGACUCAUCUUAAGAGGCUCCAUGUUGCAGAAUGUCCUUCACUGCUCUUUCAUCCAAGUCACAUCCAUUGCCUCACUACCCUAGAAGAUUUGAGCGUAGAUGGUUGUCCUGCAUGGGACUGGGAGUACAUGGCAAGUCGUAGUUUACCUGACAACACCAUGAAGUAACACAGAUCAGAUAAUGCAAGUACUGUGACAAAGGUCAUUGUCAAGAGCAAAUGCAUGGAGUGCCAAACAUUCUCCAAAGGAUUUGGGAAGUUGAUCAACAUCCGAGAACCAAAUGCAUAACCCCACAAAACAUUAUGUUCUGUAAUAGGAUGAAGUUUUUGUUCACAGGGGUAGAACACAGCUCACUUCCCUCCAUUCCUUCAAGUACUCGGUUUCAUCAUGGAAAUUUCUGCAUCUCGAGUCAAGUAUGCUUAUUGUGUGACUCACUAGCAUGGCUCAUCUUAUGGGACCCCAUGUAAUGUUGUUGACUGUCAUAAAGUAGCCAUGCAUCGUCUCACUUUCAAGUGACAGACCUGCAAAACAUCAGCUGCAAUCUGGAGUAUGAUCUGCCCUGUGGGCUGUGAUUGCUCGCAUCAAAGGCGUUUCUAUUGGAGAGCCGUGAGAAGAGAAAUAAAUAAUCACUUUGUUUUCAAAAACUGUCUCAGAUCUAACAAAAUAUAUCGUCAUUUCUCCAAAACAAGCUAAAUGAAACA